UCCCGCGGCGCCCGGCGCCCGGCAGCGGUGGAGUUGAGGGGGCGGGGCAGAGCCCUAGGCGGUGGGUGAAUAACUCGGGUCCGUCCGUGCCCUAGCGGUAAGCGGCCUCGUUCGGCCCGGGCCUGGGCGGGCCGGCCUCUGUUGCCCGCUCGCGCUGCGGGCUUGUGAGGGGCCUCGGGUCUUGGCGGGCUGCGGGGGGCCUAGCAAGGAGAGGGGCUGCCUUCGGGGGCCCAAGCCGGGCUGCUAGGGGCCGUGGCGGCGCUAAUGGCGUGCGGGGCUUAGGCGAGUGCGGCAGGCAGGCUGAGGAGAGCCCUGGCCGAGGAGAUCAUUUCCCCCACCCGCCCUGCUCUGUGGUGGGGGCUGAGGGGCGAGCCACCCCCUCGCCUGCUGCAGGGGGAGGAGCAGUCCCAUCGCCCCACGGAAACAAUAAAUCAUUGAAUACACAGAACACUGUCAACUACACAAGUCCUGCAGGUGACAAAAACAUGGCAGCCAUUAAUGUUGGAAGGGAACAAGUAACUAGAGACCCAGAUCGCUGUGACAUCCCUUACUAUGUAGCUGAAUAUGUGGAAAGAGAAGUUGGAACUGACCUUAAUUGUCUAAAGAAACUUGGCAAGCUUAUAGAGGAGCUUUCAGAAAAUAAAAAGCAAUUAGAGGAACAGGUACUAACAGUUUCAUCUGAAGUCCCCAAAAGAAUUCAGAAUGCCUUAAAGAAUGCAGAGGAUUCUAAGAAGUCUCUUAGUCAGCUCCUGGGGGAAGAAACUGUUUUAUUUGAUUCAAUUAAUAGCCACCUAUUGACUGCCCAGCCAUGGAUGGAAGAUCUUGGUGUACUGAUUAGUCAAAUAGAAGAGGUUGAACGACACCUUGCUUAUCUAAAAUGGAUUUCACAAAUAGAAGAGUUAAGUGAUAAUAUUCAGCAGUAUCUCAUGACCAACAAUGUCCCAGAGGCAGCUACUACUCUGGCAUCCAUGGCAGAAUUGGAUAUUAAGCUUCAGGAGUCGUCUUGUUCUCAUCUUCUUACUUUUGUGAGGUCUACUGUUAAAUUCUGGCAUAAAAUUCUUAAGGACAAACUGUCAAGUGAUUUUGAGGAAAUAUUAACUCACCUUCAUUGGCCAUUUGUUGGGCCACCACAGUCUCAGGUUUUUGGUCUUGCUGCACCGGCUAAUGUUCCAGAAAUAUACAAUAAUUUGGAGACUCUGUUUUCUCAGCUUCUGAAAUUGCAAACAUCAGAUGAAUUACUAACUAAACCAAAACAACUGCCAGAGAAGUAUUCUCUACCUCCAUCACCACCUAUUAUCCUUCCAAUGCAAAUCAUGCUGAAUCCUCUUCAGAAAAGAUUCAAGUAUCAUUUUACUGGGAAUAGACAAACUAAUGUUUUAAGCAAGCCUGAGUGGUACCUAACUCAGGUACUCAUGUGGAUUGGAAAUCACGCAAAAUUCCUCGAUGAUAAAAUCCAGCCAAUAUUGGACAAGGCAGGCUCCUCAGUCAAUGCAAGGCUUGAAUUUUCCCGUGCUCUGGUAAUGCUGAUUUUGGAGAAAUUGGCUGCUGAUAUCGUUUGCCUAUUGUAUGACGAUAAUCUCUUUUGUCAUCUUGUGGAUGAGGUGCUUCUAUUUGAAAGAGAGCUAUAUGCUACUCAUGGAUAUCUCAGCAGCGUUCCCAGUUGCAUGCAUAUUCUGUCAGAAGAAACCAGUUUUCAAAGGUGGCUAACUGUGGAAAGAAAAUUUGCUCUUCAAAAGAUGGACUCUAUACUUUCAUCUGAAGCUGCCUGGGUAUCGCAAUAUAAAGAUAUCACUGAUGUAGAUGAAAUGAAGGUCCCAGACUGUGCUGAAACUUUUACGACUCUGUUACAGGUUAUCACAGACAGGUAUAAGAAUCUUCCUACAGCAUCUAGAAAACUACAGUUCUUGGAGUUACAAAAAGACUUAGUUGAUGACUUCAGAAUACGGUUAACUCAAGUUAUGAAGGAAGAGACUAGAGCUUCUUUAGCCUUCCGUUAUUGUGCCAUUCUUAAUGCUGUUAACUAUAUAGGAACAGUAUUAGCAGACUGGGCUGACAAUGUUUUCUUCUUGGAGCUUCAGCAGGCUGCACUGGAGGUUUGUGCAGACAGUAAUGCUCUCAGUAAGCUACAGCUAGGACAGCUAGCUUGUAUGGAAAGCUCUGUCUUUGAUGACAUGAUUAACCUCCUAGAACGCCUAAAACAUGAUAUGUUGACCCGCCAAGUAGACCAUGUCUUCAGGGAGGUCAAAGAUGCCACAAAGCUGUAUAAAAAAGAGAGGUGGUUAUCUUUGCCAUCCCAGGCAGAGCAGGCAGCGAUGUCCUUAUCCAGUACAGCUUGCCCAUUGUUGUUGACAUUAAGAGAUCGUUUGCUGCAGUUGGAACAGCAGCUUUGUUAUUCGCUGUUUAAAAUCUUCUGGCAAAUGCUUGCAGAGAAAGUGGAUAUGUUCAUCUAUCAAGAAGUAAUUCUGGCUAAUCACUUCAAUGAAGGAGGAGCAGUACAACUUCAGUUUGAUAUGACGAGGAAUCUUUUCCCUUUAUUUUCCCACUAUUGCAAAAGACCAGAAAAUUAUUUCAAACACAUAAAAGAAGCCUGCAUUAUCUUGAAUCUAAAUGUUGGCUCUGCCCUCCUUUUGAAAGAUGCACUACAUUCAGCCUCGGAAAAUGGAACCAUCUUGGAUCCAAACCAGCCCUCUGCCACAGCAGUGUUAAAUGAACUUGGAGUUUACAAAUUAGCUCAACAGGAUGUUGAGAUUCUACUUAAUUUGAGAACAAACUGGCCUAAUAUAGGAAAAUAAGUAAAGAUCUUCGAGGAAAAUGGUCAGAAGUAAAAUAUCUGUUCUAAAUUAUUUAUCUGAAUAAAAGUGAAGUCAAGCUAUUACAUUAGUAUACUUUUAUUGUAUAUUGGUUCUUUAAAAAAAAAAAACAAAACAACAACCCCACAAACAGACCUCGUACAUCUUUGUAAAAUGCUGACUUGAUCUAGCCUUAUGCCUUAAUCUUUUUAUAACUCUGAUUAUAUGUUGUACAUAGCCAUUUUAAAACAGUUGCAAUACUGAACUGGUUUCUAACAGUAAAGUGAUUAAAACAGAUUUGACUAAACUAAUCUAACUUUACUUGUUCUGUAACUACCCCCAACCUAGAGGCACAGCAGGCUCAGACUUAGAGUGGAGAAUGUGUUCCUUGUUGAAGAGUGAGUGAUCUGUUUAGUUGAUGAUGGCUGUAAGGCGAUAAUGGUUAUGCUGAGGAAACUUUUAUUGUUUAGAGUAAUAUGGAGUAAACUCUGGGUAUAUAUGCUACUGCAUUCAGUGGUAAACAUUCAUUCAAAUUGGUGCAGUCUCAUUUUGGUAUAUGGACAAUUAUGUACAUAAAUUCUUACACAUGGGCAUCACAUACUUAAAUUUGUGUGCAGGGGUGUGGAAUAAGGUGAAGGCAUGUGUCCAUGUUCUAUUUUCUAUGAUCAUGCUAACUUUUAAAACUAAGUUCUGUUAUGGAAACUUCAGAAUUGUCUCCUCCUUGAAUGUCCAAAUCCUUUGUCCUCUUUAAAAUGUUCUGAACAGGCCUUACAUACAUUGUGACUAGUAAACUUGUUUAAAAUGCCAUCACAACUUGUUCAGUUAUUGAAAUAUUAUUUAUUUCAAAAUUGCUUAUGUUUGGAAAUAAUGGUUUUGUUGGAAUUUGGGUAUCUUCUCCAGGUUGUUUUAAAACUAUUUUUUCCCCAAGAGUCUUAAAGAAAUAUCUGGCUUUAAAAUAAACUUUCAGUGCUAUAAUGGCUGCUGUUUAUUGCAUACUAGAACAACAUUUUGUACAGAAAUAGUUUUAUAUUUGAACCAACACUUAUCAAAGCAUUGCCUUGAGCUACUCUGAAUAAGUCAUUUUUAUCACUGUAUAGCCCCAAAACAUUCUUGCUAGGGAAGAUGUUGAUACACAGCAUCUUUUUAAUGUUACACUGUUUUGAAUGUUUUUUUUGUAAAGGAAGUCCUCAAAAGAUGUUCCUCAGGUGUAAUGAGUAGUUUCUGAUUAUUUAAACUAGCACCAUAUAAUUAAUCUUUUUACAUGCUAUGCUCAUACUACUCAGUUUAUAUUUGAAUAAGUGAAACUAUCAGUUGCCAAAAGGCAAAAUAAAA